UUGUAAGCAAAUAUUAGUUCACAACACAUUCGUUCCCUUGACUUGAGGUUGAUCGCUUCGACCCCGACGACCCCGCAAGUUGCUGCACCUUGACCCAAAACGGGUUGAUAAAACCAAUCUACACGUGAUUUGAGAUAUUAUAUUUCGCCCAAAGAUAAAUAAGACAUUCGAUGUCAACUUAAGACGCCAACCUUAUUAUACACAUCAAACUUGAGUUUGCCAAUAUCAGCCAUGGCGAAUCCUGCUGUCAGCCAACCAUUGGUGUGGAUUGACUGUGAGAUGACAGGUCUUGACCCCGACAAUGAUGUUAUUAUAGAAGUUUUUUGUAUCAUUACGAACGGAGACCUCGGGAUUGUCGAUGAAGACGGCUGGGGCUGUACAGUUCACCAAAGCAAAGAGCGGAUGGACGAGAUGGAUGAAUGGUGUACCAAAACACAUGGAGAGACAGGUCUCACGUCAGCGGUGAUAGCUUCAACAACGACAGCAGAAGCCGCUGCGGCUGAGCUCCUAGCAUAUGUCAAGAAGUAUGUCCCAGAGCCUAGAAUCGCCUUGCUGGCAGGGAACAGUGUGCACGCAGACAAGGCGUUUCUCAGGUGCGCGCCCUGGGCAAAGGUGCAUGAUCACCUCAGCUACAGGAUUCUUGACGUGAGCACUAUCAAAGAGGCUGUGAAGCGAUGGAGCAAUCAGCAAAUCCUCAAGGGAGUUCCUGCGAAGAAGACCCUCCAUCAGGCAAAGGAAGACAUCCUGGAGAGCAUUGAAGAGGCUAGAUAUUAUAGGGCGGCUAUUUUUCAACAACCGACUGCGAGACAAGAAAGGAAGAAAUAAAAGCACCCAUAAAAUAAAUAAAUCGGGCCAACAGAAGAGCUGAA